AUGUGCUGUACUCAUCAAGACAUUAAUGAAUGCGAAACUGGAGACAAUCUUUGCAACCAGACUUGCAUUAAUACGGUUGGUAAUUAUUCAUGCCAAUGUCAAGCAGGAUUUGAACUUGAUACAAACAAUUUGGACUGUAAAGAUAUUGAUGAAUGUGCCAUCACUCAACGCUGUCAUCAAAUCUGUAUCAACGAUUAUGGUAGUUAUAGUUGCGAAUGCAGACCAGGAUAUACAUUAAAUAGCGAUAAUAAAACAUGCUCACAUGAAAAUGAAUGUGAGAACAACCCUACAAUUUGUGCAGAUAAUUGUACUAAUACAGAAGGUAGCUACUACUGUAGCUGCCGCACUGGCUAUCAACUUAACACUGAUAGGAGAACUUGUCGAGAUAUCGAUGAAUGUAGCAAUAGUGGAUUAUGUCCGAGCAAUUCCAUCUGUGUUAAUAGCCUCGGCUCUUUCAGCUGUGAUUGUGUCGAAGGUUUUAUUGCUACUGGAGGAAUUUGUCAAGAUAUCGAUGAAUGUAUCCGUCCCGAUCUUAAUCUUUGCAGUCGUAAUGCAAUAUGUGUAAAUUUUGCUGGUAGUUACAAUUGUUUGUGCGAUAGUGGUUUUCAGGGAAAUGGUAUCAUUUGUGCAGAUAUCAAUGAGUGCAAUAACGCUAACAUAUGUGCAAAAGAAACUACUUGUAAUAACCUCGUUGGUAGUUACCAAUGUAUUUGUAACAACGGAUAUACUGGAAAUGGAACUGUUUGUACCGAUAUCGACGAAUGUUUGAAUUCUUCCACCCUUUGUGCAAAUAAUUCUGCUUGUUUAAACACUGUUGGUGGAUUUCGGUGUCAGUGUGAAAACGGAUAUAGUGGUGACGGCAUUACAGGAUGCACAUGUAGGUUCAUCUUUUAUGGACUUCUUAAUGUACACUGUACAGAUCUAAUAAUCUGUACUAAUUGA